AUGACGAUGAGUCAGGUAUCAGUUAUGAAACUUUAUAAUACAGUGGUGGACGACGUGAUAGCAGGAGUAAGGGAUUUUUUUCUGGACGAUGGUGUCGACGAACAAGUGCUGCAGGAACUAAAGCAAUUAUGGAAAACAAAGCUGCAAGCUAGUGGGGCCAUGGACCCACCACAGCCUGAACCACCCAUACCGCCGCCUCCAGCACUACAAAACUUUCAAAAGGCCAAUGGUAACAAUGUAUUACCUAAGAGAACUGAUACACAUUUGGUGCAGCAAGGUUCCAGCCAAAACUCAGGUGUAGAACAUGGUGCUCCAGCGUCUAACAUAGCAGGCGCACACCCGCAUCACGUGAUGGAUCCUAAUAACAAAGUGCCUGUGCAACUCACCCUACCAGCCCAGCCUGGUGUGCCCGGCUCGCAACCUCGUUCAUUUACCAUCCAGAUUCCUGCAUCGGCCUUAAACGGCAAUAAAUUACAUCAAGUGCUCACUGGCCCUAUCAUAAAUGCAACUAUAAGCCUACCUCAGCCUUUAGCUGCAACAUUAUUACAGCAACACAUUAACUCUGCACUUGCUGGCCAGCAAAAUGAGUUUGAUGGUGGUGGAGGUGGCCGCAGUGGAGCUGCACCCUUCUCACUAGAUGGUGCUCUUGAUUCUUCUGAUGAUGAAGGCUCAAAUGGUGGAGAUGGAUCAGAAGAUGGUGCAGGAGAUGACGAUGAAGAUGAGGAAUCUGCUGAAGAGCGUGCUGAGGAAGAGGAGGAGGAGCGGGAUGAGAGUGGAGGUGCUGAGGAGGAACCCCUUAACUCUGGCGAUGAUGUUUCUGAUGAAGAACCCGGUGACAUGUUUGACACUGACAAUGUGGUGGUUUGCCAAUAUGAUAAAAUUACUCGGAGCCGCAAUAAGUGGAAGUUCUACCUUAAAGAUGGUAUCAUGAACUUAGGUGGGAAGGACUAUGUCUUUCAAAAAGCAAAUGGUGAUGCGGAAUGGUGA